AUGAACCGCCUCUUCGGCAGCGCCCCAAAGGGCCCCAAGCCCACGCUCAACAGCGCCAUCGGCAACAUCGACGGGCGCAUCUCCUCCGUCGACGUCAAGAUCGCCUCCGCCAACGCCGAGCUGUCAACCUACCAAUCCAAAAUGGCCAAGAUGCGCGACGGGCCAGGCAAGACGGCGCUGAAAUCCAAAGCCCUGAAAGUCCUCCAGCGGCGAAAGCAGUACGAGGCGCAGCGCGACCAACUCCAAUCCCAAGUCUGGAACAUGGAGCAGGCGCAGACGAUGCAGGACAACCUGUCGGGCGUGAUGACGACGGUGGACGCGAUGAAGACGACGCAGAAAGAGCUCAAGAAGCAGUACGGCAAGGUGGACCUGGAUCGCAUCGAGCGCAUGCAGGACGAGAUGGCCGAUCUCCUGGAUGUGGGGAACGAGAUCCAGGAGACGCUGAGUCGCGGGUAUGAGGUGCCUGAUGAUGUCGAUGAGGCCGAGCUCGAUGCCGAGCUCGAGAUGUUGGGCGCUGAGAUGGAGAUGGAGGGCGCUAUGGGCGGUGCGGAAGCGGGCGGCGUGCCGGACUUCAUGCGCGACGAGGUGCCGGAUUUCAUCGACGAGCCGCCGCAGGCGUCUGGGAAGGUCCAGGAGGCGGCGAGGUGA